AUGGCAGAAGAGGGGGUUGCCCUCAAGGUCACCAGGGACCUGAAAGCUGCUGUCUCUGCCAUCGUCCAGGGCUACAGGGGCGGACGGUCAGUGACAGACGCCAGUGCUGAGCUGCACAGACUCUGUGGCUGCCUGGAGCUGCUGCUGCAUUUUGACCAGAAAGAGCAGAAGAGCUUCCUGGGACCUCGGAAGGAUUACUGGGAUUUCCUUUGCUCUGCCCUGUGGCAGCACCGAGGAAACACGGAGCCAGCCCGCUUCGUUCUCUCGCAGGACAAGCUGAAGACCCCUCUGGGAAAAGGUCGCGCCUUCAUCCGCUUCUGCUUAGCCCACGGGCAGCUGGCCGAGUCCUUGCAGCUCUGCCUCCUGAACCCCGAGCUCACCAGGGAAUGGUAUGGCCCACGGAGCCCUCUGGUGUGCCCCAAACUCCGGGAAGACAUCCUGGACUCUCUCUACGCUCUCAAUGGGGUGGCUUUCGACUUGGACCUGCAGAGACCAGACCUGGAUGGGGCCUGGCCCAUGUUCUCAGAGUCUCGCUGCUCCAAUUCCAGCUGGACCCGGGGAAGAAGACCCAGAAAGUCCAAAGAUUCCCCAAAGGAGAUCUCCGCUCUACAUGGAGACUCCAAAGGAAUCCAGCCAGAAGAGCCACACACCAGCCAAGCCAGCUGUCCACGAGAUGCACCAGGGGCAGACCGGUUGGCUGGACUCCCCAGGCCUCAGCAACACAAGCAUCUUUCUCCUUUUUUGGAAAAGAAGAGAGAAGAUCCCAGGAGCCUCAGAGCCCCCCAGAGCAUGUGGGAACCAGAGGGGGAGUUGCUGCAGCAAGACCAGGAGAUGGGAGCCCCAAGGAUGGGGACCUGCCUAGAGAACUCAACACCCUAUGCCCAGGGGCAGCGAGAGGGGGCUGAGGGGGUGCUGAAGGAGGUGAUAAGGACAGAGAGUGAGGGCAGAGGCGUUCUGCUGAGUGCAGAAGGUCAGAGCACAACAGUGGGGACUCAUGAAGGGGGCGCAGAGUGGGGUCACGUCCAGAGGCUGCUGGUUUCCGGCCCCAGAGGGGUGAUAGAGGAUUCAAUGUCAGGGAGCGAGCAGAGGUGGGAGGUGCCUAGUAUUCUGAGGGAACCCCGGGUCCUCCAGAGCCUGGGAACAAGGGAAGGUUCCACCACAGAGAAGCCACAAGAGCAAACAGGAGUGACCAGUGUGACGAGGACAGAGGAGCGAGCAGAGGUGGCCUUGCAAGAUGUGGUCAAGAGUCUCAGACACCAGCUCCAGACGACCAAAGAGCAGGCCCAGCACCAGGAGCAGCUGCUGAAGGAGCAGGAGGGGGAGCUGAAGGCACUGCAGGAGCAGCUCAGCAGGUGUCAGGAAGAGAGGGGCCGGCUGCAGGCAGAGCUGGAGAAGAAGCAACAGGAGGCUGAAAGGAGGGAGGCCAUGUAUGACGAGGAGCUUGGAGAGCAGCGGGACCUGGUCCGUGCCAUGAAGAGCCGGGUGCUGGAACUGAUUCGAGAGAAGGAUAACCUAUGGCAGAAGGUCCAGCAUCUCUCUUCUGUGGCCCCUGGAUGCUGUGUCGGCUGUAGUAAGCUCUUUGGCCGUCUGUCUCGGCGGUAUCAAUGCAGGGUCUGUGGAGGCCUGGUUUGCCAUGUGUGCUCUGUGGAUUAUAAGAAGCGAGAGCGCUGCUGCCUACCCUGUGCCCAGAAAGAAGAAGCCCAGGCUGUCUGA